AAGCAGGUCAAGCGUGACCGCAUCAAGAAGAUCAAUGAGCUCCUUAAGGUCUAUGAUGGAUCCUCCGUGGCCUCGGACCUUGCGCAGAUCAAGUCCCUCACCGAAGAGAAGGAGCGCUUGGGCAAGGAGCUCGACGCCGAGCUGCGGAACUCCCGCGCCAAGGCCAAGCGCCUUCGAGAGGAGCACGCUAAGAAGCAGCUGGUCAUCGACGAGCCGGUUGCGAAGCAGACGGUGCUCCAGGACUCCUUGGCCGAGGCAGAUGCCGAAGUCUUGCGGCUGAAGGAGGAGGUCCAGCGCUUGGGCGCCGACCGAUCCCCUCCGCCCCCUGCUGGCAAGCCCACGCUCCAUGAGCUGCUGCCGAAGUUCGCUGUCAACGUCCAGCAGCAUGGCGAGUUGGCCGCGGAGCUCGGCUUGGACCCAAGCCUUCAGGCGGAGCUGGAGACGGCGGCCAAAGUCUUCGGGGGGCUCCGUGAGCUUCCCCGGGCGAAGCCGCCGGCGGCACAGGCGCCCUCUGCUGCCCCUGCUCCUGCGACCCCUGCUGGGGAAGAAGGAGGAGGAGUUGCGUCCACCGCCGUUCUCCUCGCGGGCCAGGUGCAGGCCCUCGCUGAGGAAGCUGCCAGGGACGACAUGGAGAUGGACAUCGACCUCAUGGAGUCCGCCGAGCUGCGGGAGGCGUUGGAAGCGGCAAGACUCACGCAGCCUGACGACGCCACCGACGCGGACAUGCGGGCGGCGUACAAGCGCGUCCUCGACUCCUUCACGCAUGUGGCCACAGCGCACAAGAGGAAGAAGAAGAAGGCUCAUUCAGCCCCUUCCUGA